GGUCAGGUCUGGUGUGUCCAGAAAGCCGUGCCUUGGCAAUGGCGCCGGCUGUGGGUGAAGAUGCAAAGCUGGCAACAUCAACUUUGUACGAGGAGAAUGUGCAUUUCGGGACACACCUAGAAGUUUGGGGAAGCUGGUACGACACAGAGAAGAAGUGCUGGGGCUAUGCAUGCUGUAGGGUGACCAGGCAGCAGCGCCGCUGCCCAAAGACGGCACCCUAUGCAGAAGGGGAGGCAGAGGAGGAUGAGGACUUGGAGGUCAAGGUGAGCCGGAGGAUGGCAGACAUGCUUGAGAAGAACCCGACCUUUUCCGGGGAAGUUCCGACGCCUGACCAGGAGAAGAAUUGGACGGAUGCUGAGCUCAAGAACUACCUCCACAGCAAUGGUCUUAUCCGACCUGCAAGGACGAAGGGUGAGCAGAAGCCGGAGCCUACGCCAGCGGAUUGGAAGGUGCUGGAGCUGGAGCCUGGGGCUGAUCCUGCGCAGCUGAAGAAGGCCUACCGGCGAUUGGCCCUGCAGUACCACCCGGACAAGCACCGAGGGGAUAAGGAGAAGGCGUCUGCCACCGAGAAAUUCCGCAAGGUGGUAUCAGCCUACGAGGCCAUUGCAGGCCAUGUGGCGGAGAUUCCUGCUGUGCCGGCGUGCGACGAUGGAGGUCGGAAGCGAAGAUGGAGAAUCGUCAUUGUGGAUUGAAGACGCGGGA